AUGGAGUCAACAUGCUUUUCACAGCUUUCUACUCUUUCAGGGACAUACAUUCAUGGUGAUGUUAAGCGUACGCUCAAAGCUAGCAAAGAUGGGAUCUUUAAACUUAUUGUUGGCCAAAUGUGCAACAUAUGGAACCGAAGAACUAUAAGUACAGAAAGAAUGGAUGUUGAAGUAAUGACGAAGAUGGAGGCUCUUCGAUCCCCUGUUCAGUUCAUGCCUAUAAUCUAUGAAGACAAGAAGGUGAUUAGUAUUGUGACACUUCAUGGAUUGGUUGCAGUUGGACUUUGA